AUGCUUGAAAGUGCAUUCAAGAUUCAGAAAGCAUUUAAGAGAUUGAGUGAGAAGUGUGCUGAUUUUGUGUUGAUGAAAGGUGGUAUUCCAAAUAAUGUGGAUUGGGAUAAUGCAAAGUGUUUUGUUAAUUUCUUGAAAAUAUUUUUUGACAUUACAAAGAAAGUUUCAAGUUCUACUUUUGUAACAUCUUCUCAAUAUUUUAACGAACACAUUAGAAUAUUGACUACUUUGAAGGGGUGGAUAGAAUUAAAAAGUUCAGAUAACUUGCUUGGAAACAUGGCUGAAAAUAUGAAAGUUAAGUAUGAUAAAUAUUGGGGUGAUGUUGAAAAAAUGAAUAAGCUGAUAUUUGUUGCUGUUGUGCUUGAUCCUCAACAUAAGAUGCAGUUUGUUAGGCUUUUACUUGGUAAAGGUCAAUAUGAAAAUCCUACACAAUCCUCUCAUGAAGUGGAUUCGAUAGAACUCAAAGCACCCGAGGAUGCAUUUGCUUUGGAGGUGAAUUCCAACAAGUAUCCUAUUCUUGGUCAAAUGACUAGAGAUGUAUUGGCCAUGCCUGUGUCUAAUGUAGCUUCAGAAUCUGCUUUCUCUACCGGAGAACUUGCUCCAAUCCCACAAUUGAAUGAAGGUGUGUCUGAUAUAGAUUCUGAUUAG